CAUAUGUGGUGUUCCCCUGCGGGGGCCUCACAUGGGGUCCGUCCCGGCCCUCCGCUCAGAUCCCUCGCUUUCUUAAAAGGGUUUUCUCCUCCCUCGCUCUCGCUCUCUCUCUCGCUCUCGCUCUCUCUCUCUCUCUCGCUCUCGCUCUCUCUCUCUUCUGUCGAAAGCUUCGAAAAAGGAGGCGAAGACGAACGAAGUAGACGAAGGAAGACGCUCGAUGCAACCCCACCCCACGGAUCCACCCCAACCCCCGAGCCGUAACCCUAACCCUAACCAUAACCCCUCCCUCCCCUUCCCCUUCCCGCACAAUGCGCCGGCGCCGCUGCCGACGGUGGCGCCCGGAGCUCCCGGGAUGUUCCACAGCCUUAACCCCGCGCAUUGCGCGCCAAUGCGCGGGAGCAGCCACCGGAGGGCCAGAUCUGAGCUACCGUUCCGGAUCCCGGGCGAUUUGGAUCUGAGCUCGGGGGAUCCCAUGUCGACGGGGAGCUUGGAGGAGAUGGGAUCCGAGGACGACCUCUUUUGCACGUUCAUGGACAUCGAGAAGAUCGGGGGUAAGCUCGAGGGGAGCGGGUCGGGAUCGGAGGGCGGGGUUUGCCGGGAUCGGACUGCGGAGAGCUCGGGGCGAGCGGAGGAUCAGACACCUGGUAAUGCGGCGGCGGCGGGGGCGGCGGGGGCGGCGGCGCCGUCUAGGCCCAAGCAUCGGCACAGCAGCUCCAUCGACGGGGCGUCGAUGAUGUCGUCGGCGACGACGAGGGCGGAGGGAGUGUUCGGCGAUGUGAUGGAGGCAAAGAAGGCGAUGACGGCAGACCAGCUCGCGGAGCUCGCGGCGAUAGAUCCGAAACGCGCGAAGAGAAUUUUGGCCAAUCGGCAAUCUGCAGCUCGAUCAAAAGAAAGAAAGGCUCGUUAUAUAUCAGAACUAGAGAGGAAAGUUCAAACCCUUCAAACGGAAGCUACAACUCUCUCUGCACAACUUACAUUAUUCCAGAGAGACACAACUGGGCUUUCAGCAGAAAAUGCAGAGCUUAAACUACGUUUACAAGCUAUGGAACAGCAAGCUCAAUUGCGUGAUGCACUAAAUGAGGCACUAAAGCAUGAAGUCGAGAGGCUCAAGAUCGCGACAGGGGAGAUCACAAGCCUGGGUGAGACCUAUAACAUGGGACUGCAGCACAUCUCGUAUAAUAACCCCUCCUUCUUCACGCUUGCCCAGCCCCAGCCUGUCCAGCAUCAAGGUGUCCAUCUCCAGCCCCAAUUUAACCAAUCUCAUUCCAACAAUUCACCCAAUCACCAAAUGCUCCCCCAUCCUAAUACCCUUCCCGAUAUUAUGCAGCAAGACCCCCUCGGAAGACUUCAGGGUUUAGAAAUCAGUAAGGGUUCUUUAGUCGUGAAAUCGGAGAGCCCCUCGAUCUCUGCAAGUGAAAGCAGCAGCACUUUCUAACAGGCCUAAUAAAAAAAAAAACAAAAAACAAAAACAAAAAUGUUUCUCGUUAGAUUUCUCUGUCCAUAGGCUGACAUCACUGUGCUGCUUUUAAUGCGCGUGCUUAUUUAUUCAUUCGAUUUGUUUUGUGUGGGGGGAAAUUGUUCCUUUUGUAAUCUUGGCGGUGGUUGUUUCUUUCUCUUUCGUAGACAUUCUUGAAUUUAUUGUUGUUGUAAUGUUGCGGACUCGUUCGGUUGUGUUUCUUUUGAGUCCUUUCCUGGGAUUUGUGAUGUUGAAAUUAGAGGGUCUGGGGGUGAUUGUUUCUCUUUAAGUUUAUGUAUUCUUUGGAUUUGUACUCAUUUAUUAUCUGUUUUCUCUUUGGGUAACAGUUAUAUGCUCUGUAUUUACCUUGAAA